GUAUGAGGCUCCAACGCAACGCAGUCAGCCCAUUUUUGUGACUGCGCACCCACCACCUCUUCAUGCCUGGUGCUUGUUUUCGAUUUUCACCAUGCUCCGGGGCUUCGAGUCCAGCCAGAAAAUCAAAACAUCGAAUUUCAAUGUCUUGGAGAUUCUUCUCUUAUUCUCUGAUACUCACGGCUCUUUCGCAUUGCUUGACGCCACUGGCUGCAACCGUGGAUGAUUGGAGAACGCGAUCUAUAUACCAGAUUGUUACAGAUAGAUUUGCGCUUGCUGACAAGGACGAUGGCAUUGCUCCCACUGUACCAUGCGAUACAGCUGCCCGUGACUACUGUGGCGGUUCGUGGAGAGGUGCCAUUGACCACUUGGACUACAUCAAGCAGAUGGGCUUUGAUGCGGUUUGGAUUUCUCCAGUCUACUCCAACAUCGAAGGCAUGACCCCUUACGGUGCGGGUUAUCACGGCUACUGGCCUCAAAAUAUUUACACCGUCAAUCAGCAUUUCGGCUCUGCGGACGAUCUCAAGAAUCUGAGCUCUGCUCUGCACGAGCGAGAUAUGCUCCUCAUGGUUGACGUUGUUGUUAACCACAUGCUUACAACACUACCUCUGAACGUCACUGCCUCGAGCUUUGUGGCUCCUCAGAAUAACUCGGCGACGGAAAUGACGCCUUUCGCAGAUAUGGAUGACUUACAUCCACUGUGCUUCAUCACGGACUACAAUAAUCAGACAGAAGUUGAGCAAUGUUGGCUAGGUGACGCUACAUUGCCGUAUGCGGACGUGGAUACAGAGGAUUUGAGUGUCGUAGGCACGCUCAAUAGCUGGAUUCAAGAUGUUGUAUCUAACUUCAGCGUGGAUGGUCUAAGACUCGGCACCGUGAAGUUCGUGUCUACGGACUUUUGGCAGGAUUUCACGCGAGAAGCAGGGGUGUUUACUAUCGGAGAGGUCAUGUCGAACGAUACCGACUACACCAGUGAUUACACUCAGGUCAUGAAUGCGGUGCUUGAUUAUCCAACAUGGUAUGCCCUUGUACCUGCCUUCCAGUCCCCAGAGGGCAAUCUCUCUGCCUUAACCACUGUCGUGACGCAGUCGCAGCAGCGUUAUGCUAGCGGUGCAUUCAUGACAGGUUCUUUCCUAGACAACCGCGACCAAGCGAGGUUUAAUCACCUUGUCUCGGACGCAGCUCUUGUAGCUAAUGCAGCAGUUUGGCCAUUCGUACAUGAUGGCAUCCCAAUCAUAUACAAUGGCCAAGAACAGGGUCUCACUGGAGGAUACCCACCAGCAAACCAUGAAGCAAUCUGGAAAACGAGGUACAAUAAUGAAAGUGCCGAGUAUCUUGCUUUCAAGAACCUGAACCGUGCUCGCAAAAUUGCCAUGACUGCCAAUACCUACUUUUUAACAACGCCGAUGGAGUUCCUCGAAACCAAUACCAAUAACACCAUCGCCAUAUGGAAACCUCCAAUGCUCACCCUUCUCACGAAUGCAGGCUCUACCUCAGCUCGUUGGAACGUCACGCACAAACUUUUCAAGCCGCACCAGCAUAUUGUCGAUGUGUUGACGUGUCGUGUUCACGUGGCGGAUGAACGCGGCGGCGUGACUGUGGAGAGCGCCGCUGGGCUGCCAAAGGUAUUCAUGCCAGUUACGACCCUGGAGGGUAGUCCUGACUUAUGUCCUGCGAGUAGCCUGAGUGGGGAAUUAGGGACUCGGAGGACCUCAUGGUGGGCAGCAGCUUACGUCCCGAUAUGCGUCAUCCUCCUUCUGUGACGUGCGAUUGGUGAAGGCUUUACACAACUGGGCUCACACGAACAACUUUAGAAUUCUCCCUACUAUGAUAUCUCCGAGUACAACUGUCGACGCGUGCCAUACCUUCGUGCGAUACAUUGAGUAGUCAAAACUAAUGAUUUAAUUACCUCUUAGAGAAUACAAAUUAUCCAUGCCCGCAUUUUAUUGCCACCAUG